CAUCCGGAUCUGCCACCAUGGAAGGAUACUUCUCCGCGGUCCAGAAGAUGGAGCAAACCGUGAUGUUUCCCAGCCUUCUCCUGGGGGUGUCGAUGGAAGACCAGGGAGACAAUGUCAACGGCAACUCUACGGACAGAGACUCCAGUGAUAGAGAUUUGUACGAAUAUUACAUCCUUCUCAAAUCCAUCAAGUUGACAGCGGAGGGUGGCCUGGGACUUCUUAAAGACAAGAGUCUCCACCUCAGAGAAGAUGAGGUCAAAGAAGAGAAGGAUGAUCUUGAAGGACUCUUUCGUCACCACGUAUCCGGCUUGUGCCACGUCCUCACAGAACUGACCAGGCGAGCCAAUGUGGUGACUUCCAAAUACAAUGAAAUUAUGGGGCAGAUCAACCAGAAUGAAAUGGCUCUCCGCUGGUGAAACCUAGAACA